ACAAAAACUACUUCUUCGAAGAUUGGGAUGAAAUUUCGAGGAAGACCACCAGAAUUGUUUUCAUGAGUGAGCCUAUGACCUAGAUCACAAGAAUCUUCCACCCUAGAGUUUCGUCCGUGCAAUAAUUUUGUCGGCCAUAGAGAAGCUUGUGUCAAUCAGCAAAUUCAAAUAAUGCGGUGAUACGCAGUCUUUGGUAAAUAUGAGUCCACGUGUUCACACCUAUUAGAUAACUUGGUCCAUCACCAUCAUUUACCAAAGUUCUAAAAGAAGUCGUGCAUCUCUGUCCUCUAGUAUAAGAAUAAAUCAACAAGAAGAACAAGUAUUGAACAACCUACCUGAAAGCACAAUUUCAAACCUUCAGCUAAUACUCAUUGUUGUUUGUUAAAAUCCAUCAUAUGAUGGCUUCUUCGCCGAAAUCCAAAAGUAUUUACGACGUCUUCUUGAGUUUCAGAGGCACAGAUGUGCGUAAGAGCUUCCUUAGCCAUCUCUACCAAGCUUUAGAUCAGAAUGGAAUAUACACUUUCCGGGAUAGCGAGGAAUUGAGAAAGGGAGACCAAAUAUCGGCUACUCUUAUGAAGGCCAUUGAUGAAUCGUGCAUUGCAAUCAUCAUUUUUUCCGAGGACUACGCUUCCUCAUGGUGGUGCUUGGAAGAGAUGGCGAAGAUUAUGGAGUGCAAGGAGCAAAAGGACCUCACCGUUCUACCGGUGUUUUACAAAGUGGACCCAAGAGAAGUGAGAGAGGGGAGAGAGAGUUAUAGGAAAGCUUUGAAUAAGCAUGAGGAUAAGUUCGGAAAGGAUUCAGAGAAAGUGAAGAAAUGGAAAAAAGUUCUUUUUGAUGCUGGUAACUUGUCCGGGUGGCAUUUGAAUGAUGAAGAUGAGUCAAAGCUUAUACUGCAAAUUGUGAAGGAGAUUUCCACUCACCUUAACCUAACACCGUUGUAUGUUACUAAGCAUCUAGUUGGGAUAAAGUCUCCAGUUGUUAAGUUGAAAGAGAUGUUAAACCUUGCGUCUGAUAAUGAUGUUGUCAUGGUGGGGUUAUGGGGACAAGGAGGGAUAGGGAAAACAACGUUAGCAAAAAGUUCUUUACAAUUCUGUGUUUAGACAAUUUGACAGUUCAUGUUUUCUUGAAAAUGUUCGAGAAGCUUCGAAAGAUU